CGCAGCGCCUGUCAAACUUUGACAGCAGAGCGUCACGUGUUGGUUUAUUUUGAUCUCAGAGCGACGGCGGCUCCAGAGAAGCGCUGUUUGCGAGAAAAACCCUCACGAAAAUGAAGGUGCGCGUGCGCGCGUGCGUCGCGGCGCUGCUGCUGCUGCUCGAGCUGCGCGCGUCUUUCUCUCUAGACGUCAAACUCCUCGAGGAUGAAGGCGAAGGCGAGGACGCGCUGUUCAGGACGCCUGAAGGCGACGCCAGGGUGCGGGUGUCGGGUCGGGCGCUGGUUCCGGGCGUCAGGGCUCAGGACUGGAUCUCGGGCGCGCGAGUUCUGCUGGACGGGGGCGAGCACGUGGGCUUCCUCAGAGACGAUGGAAGCUUCACGGUCAGCGGCGUUCCGUCCGGAUCCUACGUUCUGGAGAUCUCGUCUCCGACCUACAGAUUCCAGCCCGUGCGGGUCGACGUCAGCAGCGCGGGGAAGAUGAGGGCCCGGGCGGUCGACUACAUCCGGACCUCGGAGGUCAUCCGCCUGCCGUACCCUCUUCAGAUGAGGAGCGUCGGCCUGCAUUCGUACUUCAUCCCACGGGAGACCUGGGCCUGGUCCGACUUCUUCAUGAACCCCAUGGUUCUCAUGAUGGUUCUUCCUCUCCUCAUAAUCCUUCUUCUUCCGAAAGUCUUUAAUCCCAGCGAUCCCGAGAUGAGACGGGAGAUGGAGCAGUCCAUGAACAUGCUGAACUCCAAUCAGGAGCUUCCAGACGUCUCAGAGCUCAUGACCAAGUUCUUCUCGUCACCUAAAAGCCACGGGAAGACAGGAGGCGGAGCCAGAGGCCAUAAGGGUGGGGCUCCGGGAGCAAGGGGCGGGGCUUCAAGACGAAAAAUAAAAGAUUAAUGUGUGACAUGUGGAAUAAAAUGUAAGAUAAGAGUAUGGAAAUGCUUUUAUUACUCAUUACAUACGAACUCUAAAGCCAAAGACGAUUUCAUCUGUGUUUAUCAUUAUAUCAUCAGUAUAAUAUAUCAUUAUACUGCUGCUGAAUCUCAACUGAAUUAUUCUAGCUGCUUCACAAUAUAAUACAGUAAGACUUUACGGUAAGGUUUCAUUAGUUAAUGUUAGUUCAUGCGCUAAUCAUCACAUACUGUAUUUGUUACAGUGUUUAUUUAUGUUUGCAGACUUUGUUAAAAACAGGUUCCACAGUAUAAGGCCUUAAAAAUAGAAAAGCACAAAAUCAAAAAAGAUAAAUUGAAACAAUAUCAGUUUUUGCAGUGUGAUGGGAAGGUAAAGUUAUUUUCAUAAUUUAAAAUGGAUUUAAAAGUUUUUCAAAUCUAGUAAAAUUUGUAUUUUCAAACUUUUUAAUUCGACUCCUUAAAAUAUUAAGUAUUUCAAAACUGAUUUUUAUAAAACCUGCAGAAAUCAGCUCACAUCCAUUAAAUAUGAACAGAUACAGCUUGUAUGUAUUAAUACAUUAAUAAUACAUGUUUUGAAUGCUAAAAUUCACAUGAACGUAAGAUUAAUAAAUGCUUUAGAAAUACGUAUGUUGUUAAAUAAUGGAACUGUAAAGUGUUACCAGAUCACUGUAUUUUCGAUUGAGAUGCCACUGAAUAAAUGAUUAACUAUUGA